AUGUCCAACACACAGAAACCGGCUAUUGUUAUCGUCCAUGGGUCUUACCACACUCCGGCCCCAUAUGGACCGUUCAUGAAUGCUCUCAACGCUCUGGGCUUCGAAACGCAUUGUCCUCAAAGGCCUAAAUCUGAUCUAAGCAAACUGAAUGUUGGCAACGACUUAAAUGCCCCCAACUUUCACAAUGCUCCUCCACCCGAGGGGUUUCCAACCGAUGAUGAUGAUGUUGCAGUGCUCCGCCAAGUACUAGACCAGCUUAUAGUCCAGGAAGGCAAGCAAGUGCUUCUAGUGGCACACUCCUCUGGCGGUUGGGCCGCAACCCAGGUAGCAGUCCUAGAGUUUCAGUACAAGGCUCGCCAAGCACAGAGUCAGAAUGGAGGAUUGAUUGGAAUAUUCUAUUACUCAGCCUUCGCCAUUCCUCUUAAUCAGUCAAUCAAUGGCUACUUCCAACCAAAGGAUGGCUCCUUUACUAUCCCUCCAUGGUUACGAUUUUGGAAACACGGAGCUGCUGGUGUUGGUACACUUGUUGAUGCACCAAAGUUCAUGUUCAACGGCCUGGACGCGGUUGAGGCUGAGAAGUGGACAGUGACCCUAACUGCCGCACCUAUCAAUACUGGUGUUCUCACUAAUGAUGCCUACGCAACCCUGCCCUGUGCUUAUCUACAGCUCGGGGAAGACUAUAUUCUACCAAAGGAGUAUCAAGAGGCAAUGGUUAUGGAGCAAAAGCAGCUGGGAAAUGAAUUUACCGUCUACUAUGCGCCCACGGGUCACUCUGCUCAUCUCACCUGGACGGAGCCAUUAGCUAAGAAUGUGGCUGAAUUUGUGGGCAAGGUCAAGCCUUGA